UGCUUUCAUGUAUAAUUGAUAUAUAUUGUUUUAAAUUGUAGGUUCCUUUUGUUUUCCGAUCUUCAUAUUCUCUUAAAAGUAAUCGCGGGUUAUUGGAGAUUAGAUUAAAGAAGGGAAGAAAUAUGGGAAUUUUUAAUGUAUUUGUUAGGGUUUGUUAUUAUUUUUCAUUGUGGCUUAAUAAGAGAGAUGAGCGAGGGAAAAUGAAAUAAUCAAUAACGUGUCUAAGAAUCUAAUCUGAUCUGGUGACAAUCAUGGUUUGUUUAUGAUAGAUGACAAGUGCUUGGACAGACAAGAACUUUGGAAUGUUACAUAGGGGGUAGAGAAAAGGACUGGGAAAUUUGUAUGUUUUUUGUUUUUUAAUGAUUGGACAUUGUUUCUCCCUUCUGAAGCUCUGGAAAAAUGUUAAUGGGAGGAUGAGGAGACUAAGUUAAAGUUUCGAAUUUUGGAGCAAAUGAGCAGUGGAGCUUGUGGAUGACAAUUUGGACGAAUUUUGACUUGGUUUGCUUCAUGUUUUUUGGCUUUGCAAUAAGUUUUAUUUUAUUUUUCUCAUCAUGGGAGGAUGGCGACACCAAUUUAACUUUCCAAUGUUGGAGCAAAAUGGAGCUUGUGGGACACUGCUCACAAUUUGGAGGAAUUGCUGACUUGUGGAAAUGAGCGGUCGCUUCUCUCGCACAAUCUAUGUUGGCAACCUACCCUCUGAUAUAAGAGAAUGGGAGGUUGAAGAUCUUUUCUACAAGUAUGGUCGUAUUUUGGAUAUUGAGUUGAAGAUUCCGCAUCGCCCUCCAUGUUUUUGUUUUGUUGAGUUUGAGGAUCCCCGAGAUGCUGAAGAUGCAAUCAGAGGUCGAGAUGGUUAUAACUUUGAUGGUUGUCGUUUGAGGGUUGAGCUUGCACAUGGUGGUAGAGGACAAUCCUCAAGUGAUCGUCGUGGUGGAUAUGGUGGUGGUGCAGCUAAGUUUGGUGUAUCACGUCACUCUGAAUUUCGAGUUAUUGUCCGCGGGCUCCCUUCUUCUGCUUCCUGGCAAGAUUUGAAGGAUCACAUGCGAAAAGCUGGUGAUGUGUGUUUUGCAGAAAUUUCACGUGACAGUGAUGGUACUUUCGGUAUUGUUGAUUUUACCAAUUAUGAUGACAUGAAAUAUGCUAUUCGUAAACUUGAUGAUACCGAGUUUAGAAAUCCUUGGGCUAGAGCUUACAUUCGGGUGAAGAAAUACGAGAGCAGCCCCUCCAGGAGUAGGAGUAGGAGUAGGAGUAGAAGUAGAAGCCGCAGUGUUAGAAGAGACCGGAGUAAAUCACGGGAAAGAUCUCCGUCCAAAUCACCUGCUAAAUCCAGAUCUGCCUCUCCUGUCAAGUCACCCAGAGAAAGAUCAAGGUCAAAGUCAAGCUCAAGAUCAGUAUCACCUGACAAGGCCCAAUCGGUGAGCCAUUGAUAUUCAUACCGCAUGAAAAACGUAAGUCCGGUAUAACUUGCAGCUUAAUGGAGUUCUGGGGUAAGUUUUGUUGAACGUAUUGGCACAUUAUAACUGGAUACAGUCCAUGUAGGCAAGUUUAGCCAAGUGUGGCGGUGUUUCUUGGAGGCGAAGCAACUAUCUCUGAACGCUAAUGGAUGAAUUAGGUUGCCUUUUGUUUCAUUUUGAUUCUAUCUCUGAACACUAGUGGACAAGUUAGCUUGAUCUGCGACACUCUUUGACAUAUCCUUUGUUGCUUUCUCUUGGUUAUCAAAUUAUGCAUGUUGGGA